AUGGAUGGAUUUGUUUCGAAGUUUGUAUUUAAUAAUAGCUACUUGGGAGAAGGCUCUUUCCACAACUGCAUUAGAAAAUGGGGAGCGGGCGGAGGAGGGAUGUUUGGCGAUGUUAAUAUUUCUGCUAUUUUGGAUUCGCUGAGUGUAAGCUACGAUAAGAGAGUAAGACCGAACUACGGAGGACCACCCGUGGACGUGGGAGUCACCAUGUACGUGCUAUCCAUCAGCUCCUUAUCUGAAGUCAAAAUGGACUUUACCUUGGAUUUCUACUUCCGACAGUUUUGGACGGACCCAAGACUUGCCUAUAAAAAGAGGCCAGGAGUUGAAACGCUCUCUGUGGGAUCGGAGUUCAUACGAAAUAUAUGGGUACCCGAUACAUUCUUUGUUAAUGAAAAACAAUCUUAUUUCCAUAUCGCUACUACGAGCAACGAAUUUAUCCGUAUUCAUCAUUCUGGUUCUAUUACACGAAGUAUAAGACUGACUAUCACCGCUUCCUGUCCGAUGGAUCUGCAAUACUUUCCAAUGGAUCGUCAAUUAUGCAACAUUGAGAUCGAAAGUUUUGGCUACACCAUGCGGGACAUCCGAUAUAAGUGGAACGAGGGGCCCAACUCUGUGGGUGUGUCGAGCGAGGUGUCACUACCGCAGUUCAAGGUGCUUGGGCAUCGACAGCGAGAUAUGGAGAUCUCACUUACUACAGGAAAUUAUUCCCGAUUGGCGUGCGAGAUUCAGUUUGUCCGAUCAAUGGGUUACUACUUGAUUCAGAUUUACAUUCCUUCUGGUCUUAUUGUCAUUAUAUCUUGGGUUUCCUUUUGGCUGAAUCGAAACGCAACACCAGCAAGAGUUUCCCUAGGAGUUACCACCGUGUUAACUAUGACUACACUUAUGUCCUCUACGAAUGCUGCAUUACCUAAGAUUUCUUACGUCAAAUCUAUUGAUGUUUACCUGGGUACCUGCUUCGUCAUGGUCUUCGCGAGUUUAUUAGAGUAUGCUACUGUCGGUUAUAUGGCUAAGAGAAUACAAAUGAGAAAACAAAGGUUUACUGCUGUUCAAAAAAUGGCUGCUGAGAAGAAAAUGCAAAUGGACGGACCACCUGGGACUUCGGAACCUUUACCACCACCGCGGACCAGCACGCUAACAAGACCGUUGCCCCCAAGUCGUUCUUCGUCAUAUAAUCCUCAUACACAGGAAGUCCGAUUUAAGGUGCAUGAUCCGAAGGCAUACUCUAAAGGCGGAACUUUGGAAAAUACCAUUAAUGGUGCCCGUAGUGCGACAGCAGCUCCUGCCCCGCCGCCAGCUGAUGAAGAAGCUGGUCCACCGCCACACCUUAUUCAUGCUUCCAAGGGAAUCAACAAACUGCUGGGCACCACACCUUCGGACAUCGACAAGUACUCACGCAUCGUGUUUCCGGUUUGCUUCGUAUGCUUUAAUCUUAUGUAUUGGAUCAUUUAUCUUCACGUUUCCGAUGUAGUGGCUGAUGAUCUGGUUUUACUCGGCGAGGAAAAUUAA